UUGACUUAAUCUGCUUGCCCGGCCCCUUCUCAUCAACAUCAUUAUCAUCAUUACCGAGUUGCGGUUCAGGCUGCCACUCAACUUCACCCAUUUCGCUCAACCGAAGGAAUGACUGUUUGGGAAAGUCACGGUUAAUUGGGAGGCGAGCCCGCUAAUCAAUGAGUGCGACGACGACACGCACUUUUGUCACCGGGCUGGGCUUAUCUUUUGCCGAAAACAUAACUACUCAAUUACAACCGAUGUGAGCCGUAAUGGAUACCUGUCCGACAAAAGUUUCCCACUGCAAUUUGCAGCCAUUCCAUAAAAGGGUUCCCCGGCAUCCGGAGCAGAGCUCAGUGAUUCCACGACACACGUCCCGGCAUGGCGAAGGGUGACAAAUCGGAUACGCCGCAAAAGCAAGAUACUAAGUGCUUUAUGGAGUUGUUGCGCGUCUACUUUCGGAGCUACUGCGAAAAAUCAACCAUUCAUUGCGUCCGCUAUCUCUACGAUCCGCAGCUACACAACCUGGAAAGACUUAUCUGGUGCUUGCUGCUCUCCGUCAGCAUUGCCCUGUCAUGGUUCUUUUAUCUGAUGCUAUCGGAACGCUUUGUGUCGCAGAAGCUGCAAACUGUCGUCCACGAUCCCCAGUACCCCGUCUUUCUCGUCGAAUUCCCAGCAGUUGGUAUUUGCACUGACAAUCGCAUCAAUUGGAGCCAGCUGCAGGCGGCCAAGUCGGAGUUCCUGCCUGCCAAUGCGAGCUUGGAACUUGUGGAGUCCUUCACCACUUUGGUUGCUCGACUGGAGACGCUGCGCUUUGGCAGCUUUUCGGUGGGUCUGUCCGAGCUGGAUGACGACAAUCUCGAGGCAGUGAACUUCAUCAACAUCACAACGUUGGCCAUGUUCCUGACCCUAAGUUGCCAGGAUAUCAUGGUGCUCAACUCGUGUCAGUGGCGCAGCACAACCUUCGACUGCUGCGAGUACUUUGUGAUGGAGAAAACCGAGUUUGGGUUCUGUCUGGUCUUCAACUCGGAUUUCUCGCCGCGCUCGAAGGAGAUCAAGAAACGCGAGGGCUCCCAAUUCUAUCCCCGUCACAAUGCAAAGGCCGGCCAGGGCACGGGUCUCAACUUUGAUCUGCUUCUAAAUGAGAGCUUCAAGCGACCGAAUUCCUUGGCUACCGAUAAAGUCUAUAUAAUGAUCAAAAAGCCAGACCAAAUGUCGAAUGUGGUCUAUUCCAUGACCCAAAAUACCGAGACCUACGUGACGGUUCGUCCCGACCUGACGUGGACCGAUGAGACCACCCGGAGCAUUCCCCCAGAACGUCGCAAUUGCCUUUUUGUGGACGAGCAGCUCGAGCUGGAUCCCGCGGACUCGGCCAAGAAGUAUGGCAAGCCCUUCCAGCUUACCAACUGCCUGAAUCGGUGCCAUGAGUCGUACUUGAUUCAGCUGUGCAACUGCUCCCUGCCCAUUUUCUUUCUUCACAAUCAAAAAGUCAAGGAAUGCACAGCGACCAGCCUCCGGUGCAUCGCGAGGCAUAAUGAUAUUUUCAGCUACGAUAAGCGUCGGGAGGAGGAUGCUCUGUUUAGUGCUACCAAACCAGGCAUGACAUGCUCCUGUCUGGUGAACUGCUAUCUGCUCGAUUACUACACGGCCACAACGACGCUGCCUCUCUCUGCCAAGAGGAUUCCAAAGGAUCCGCAGCAGAAACUUUUCAGAGUGGAUGUGCACUACCAAGUGGAGACGACGCCGCUGUACCGCACCAGUCUGGAAUUUACCACGAUUGAUUUGAUAGCUAACUUGGGUGGCAUCUUUGGCCUGUGCUUGGGCGCCUCUAUGGUCAGUGCAUUCGAGUUGAUUUACUAUCUAACAGUCGGCUUUGGCAUGCAUCUCUACGACAACUCCUACUAUGGCGUACUCCAUCGGAAAAUGAAGAUAAAAUGGCGCGCCUUUAAGAGCUAUUUGAAAAACGAAGUCACUCAUUUGGCUGACCAUCAGGUGCAUCCAUCCCAAAAGGACCAGACCACAAACAAAAUUAGGCAUCCGCACCACCACCAGAGAAAUGCCUGGUGAAUGUUAUUUAUUGUUGAUUUAUACUCACAUUGAUGCUCAUAUUAUACCUAUAGUCCCGUCAACGUAUAUACUUA